AUCAGAGACAGGCCAGAGGUCAAAGCAAGGUCAGAGGUCAACCCGACUCCCAUCACCCCACCAGAGGCUGACCCAGUCUCCAGUGACGAUCCAGACGUCAGCUCGACAGCCUCCGAACUUCCAGCGAUCGACUCCGACGCCGCUGCUGAUUCAACCGCUAACGGUGAUAUUUCAGACAUGGCAGAACCGGCUGACGACAGCAAGUUCCUCUUCCUGGACAAUGACUUCCGCAACAGUGGCGUGGCGCAAGCCGAAUGGGGGGCCAAGAAGAUGGUGUGGAUACCGUCAGAGAGGGAGGGCUUCGAACAGGCCAGCAUAAAGGAGGAGAAGGGUGAUCAGGUCCUGGUGGAGCUCUCCAACGGUCAGAAGGCGACGAUCAACAAAGACGACAUCCAGAAGAUGAACCCGCCCAAGUUCAGCAAGGUGGAGGACAUGGCCGCCCUUACCUUCCUCAACGAAGCCUCCGUCCUCCACAACCUGCGAGAGAGAUACUUCUCCAGCCUGAUCUAUACGUACUCGGGUCUGUUCUGCGUGGUGGUGAAUCCCUACAAGAUGCUGCCCAUCUACUCUGAGAAGAUCAUCGAGAUGUAUAAGGGCAAGAAACGCCACGAAGUGCCGCCGCACAUCUACUCCAUCACAGACAACGCCUACAGGAACAUGAUGCAAGACCGCGAGGAUCAGUCUAUUCUCUGCACAGGUGAGUCUGGAGCAGGGAAGACAGAAAACACCAAGAAGGUGAUCCAGUACCUGGCCGUGGUUGCAUCCUCACACAAGGGCAAGAAGGACGUGAAUCCUGAUUCAGUGGCUGCAGCUGUGGCCAAGCAGCAGCAGGCGGGAUCUCUGGCCUACGGGGAGCUGGAGAAGCAGCUGCUGCAGGCGAACCCCAUCCUGGAGGCGUUCGGAAACGCCAAAACCAUCAAAAACGACAACUCAUCGCGAUUUGGAAAGUUCAUCAAGCUCAACUUUGAUGUGACCGGCUACAUUGUCGGAGCCAAUAUUGACACCUACCUGCUGGAGAAGUCUCGCUGCAUUCGUCAGGCAAACACUGAGAGAGCCUUCCACAUCUUCUAUUACAUGGUGGCUGGAGCCAAAGACAAGUUGAAGGAGGAGCUUCUGCUGGAGGACUUCAGCUGCUACCGUUUCCUGGUGGCGGGUCACGUGGAGAUCUCGGGUCAGGAGGAUUACGAGAUGUUUGAUGAGACUCUGGAGGCGAUGGAGAUCAUGGGCUUCACUGAGGAGGAGAGAAUAGGGAUGUUGAAGGUGGUGUCCACUGUGCUCCAGCUGGGAAACGUCAAGUUUGAGAAAGAGAGGAACAGUGAGCAGGCUACCAUGCCGGACAACACCGCUGCCCAGAAGGUGUGCCACCUGCAGGGCAUCAACGUCACCGACUUCACCCGCGCCAUCCUCACCCCCCGAAUCAAAGUGGGAAGGGAGGUGGUGCAGAAGGCGCAGACCAAGCAGCAGGCUGACUUUGCGAUCGAGGCUCUGGCUAAGGCGAUGUACGAGCGCCUGUUUCGUUGGAUCCUGGCCAGAGUCAACAAAACGCUGGACAAGAGCAAGAGGCAGUCGUCCUCCUUCCUGGGCAUCCUGGACAUUGCUGGCUUUGAGAUUUUUGAGGACAACUCUUUCGAGCAGCUCUGCAUCAACUACACCAACGAGCGUCUGCAGCAGCUCUUCAACCACACCAUGUUCGUCCUGGAGCAGGAGGAGUACAAGAGAGAGGGCAUCGAGUGGAACUUCAUCGACUUCGGCCUCGACCUGCAGCCCUGCAUCGAGCUCAUUGAGAGGCCGAACAACCCUCCAGGCAUCCUGGCCCUGCUGGACGAAGAGUGCUGGUUCCCCAAAGCCACUGAUGUUUCCUUCGUGGACAAGCUGCUGAACACCCACACCGGUCACGUGAAAUUCUCCAAACCCAAACAACACAAAGACAAACUGAUGUUCAGUGUUCUGCACUACGCCGGGAAGGUCGACUAUAAUGCAGCUAACUGGUUGACUAAAAACAUGGAUCCUCUGAACGACAAUGUGACCGCUCUGCUCAACAACUCCUCCAGCAACUUCAUCCAGGACCUGUGGAAAGACGGUCAGUCCUCAUCGGCCGGCUCCACAUUUAACCUUUUCAACCCGAUCGAACGUGAUAUAAAUCUUAUAUCCUGUUUGUCCUCCGUGGUGGUAGCGGACCGAGUGGUGGGUCUGGACACCCUAACCAAGAUGUCAGAGAGUUCGGUGCCCACUAAAUCCAAGAAGGGCAUGUUCCGGACGGUGGGUCAGCUGUACAAGGAGUCGCUGGGAAAACUGAUGACCACGCUGCACAACACCCAGCCCAACUUCGUCCGCUGCAUCAUCCCCAACCACGAGAAGAGGGCUGGGAAGAUGGACUCCAACCUGGUGCUGGAGCAGCUCAGGUGUAACGGCGUGCUGGAGGGCAUCCGAAUCUGCAGACAGGGAUUCCCAAACCGUAUCGUGUUCCAGGAGUUCAGGCAGAGAUACGAGAUUUUGGCUGCCAACGCGAUCCCGAAGGGCUUCAUGGACGGGAAGCAGGCCUGCUGUCUAAUGGUAAAGCACCUGGAUCUGGAUACCAACCUGUACCGUAUUGGUCAGAGUAAGAUGUUCUUCAGGACGGGAGUUUUGGCUCAGCUGGAGGAAGAGAGAGACCUCAAACUGACCGUCGUCAUCAUCGCCUUCCAGGCACAAGCAAGAGGCUUCCUGGCCCGCAAGGCUUUCAGUAAACGUCAACAGCAGCUGACCGCCAUGAAGGUCAUCCAGAGGAACUGCGCCUGUUACCUCAAACUCAAGAACUGGCAAUGGUGGAGGCUCUUCACCAAGGUGAAGCCGCUGCUGCAGGUCACCAGACAAGAAGAAGAAAUGGGUCAGAAAGACGAGGAGCUAAAGGUAGCGAAAGAGGUGGCGGCCAAAACCGAGGCCGAACUGAAGGAAAUCUCCCAGAAACACACUCAGCUGAUGGAGGAGCGAGCGCAGCUGGAGGUUAAGCUUCAUGCGGAGACGGAGCUGUAUGUCGAGUCCGAGGAGAUGAGGGUCCGACUGGAGGCCAAGAAGCAGGAGCUGGAGGAGGUGCUGCACGAGAUGGAGGCCCGUCUGGAGGAGGAGGAGGAACGCAGCCUUUCCCUGCAGCACGAGAGGAAGGACAUGGAACAGCAGCUACAGCUUAUGGAGGCUCACAUCGCAGAGGAGGAGGACGCUCGGCAGAAGCUGCAGCUGGAGAAAGUGGCCGUGGAGGGAAAAGUCAAGAAGCUGGAGGAGGAUGUUCUACAAAUGGAGGACCAGAAUAACAAACUGCAGAAGGAGCGAAAGCUUCUGGAGGAGAGGCUCGCUGACAUGAGCUCUAAUCUGGCCGAGGAGGAGGAGAAGUCCAAGAAUUUGACCAAACUCAAGACCAAACACGAGUCCAUGAUCUCCGACCUGGAGGUGCGCAUGAAGAAGGAGGAGAAGGGUCGUCUGGACAUGGAGAAGGCCAAGAGGAAGGUGGAGGCGGAGCUGGCCGACCUCCAGGAGCAGCACGCCGACCUUCAGGCCCAACUAGCCGAGCUCCGUGCCCUGCUAGCCGCAAAGGAGGAGGAGCUCCAGGCCACACAGUCCCGCUUGGAUGAGGAGAGCAACCAGCGGGGGGCAGCGGUGAAGCGGAUUCGGGAGUUGGAGGCCAUGCUUUCAGAGCUACAGGAGGACCUGGAGGCAGAGAGGACGGCCAGGGGGAAGGUGGAGGCGGCAAGACGGGAUCUCGGAGAUGAGCUGAAUGCUCUGCGCACCGAGCUGGAGGACAGCCUGGAUACCACCGCCGCCCAGCAGGAGCUACGGGCAAAGCGUGAGCAGGAGGUGGCCCUACUGAAGAAAGCCAUGGAGGAAGAGGGGCGGAGCCACGAUGCCCAAAUCCAGGACCUGAGACAGAAACACGGCCAGGCUGUGGAGGAGCUCUCUGAGCAGCUGGAGCAGGCCAAGAGGGUGAGAGCUGGUCUGGAGAAAGCCAAGCAGGCUCUGGAGAAGGAGUCAGCAGAUCUGAGCGCUGACCUGCGAUCUCUCGCCAGUGCCAAACAGGACGUGGAGCACAAGAAGAAGAAGGUGGAGGGUCAGCUGAACGACCUGCACUCACGCUUCAACGAGAGCGAGCGGCAGAGGACCGAGCUCGGAGAGCGAGUCUCUAAGAUGACUGUGGAGCUGGACAGCGUGACGAGUCUGUUGAACGAGGCGGAGGGAAAGAACAUCAAGCUGAGUAAAGACGUCUCCACGCUGACCUCCCAGCUCCAGGACGCUCAAGAGCUGCUGUCAGAGGAGACCCGUCAGAAGCUGAAUCUGUCCGGACGUCUGCGUCAGAUGGAGGAGGACAGGAACAACCUGAUGGAGCAGCUGGAGGAGGAGACUGAGGCCAAACGGGGAGUGGAGAGGCAGGUCUCCAGCCUCAACAUGCAGCUGUCCGACUACAAGAAGAAGCUGGACGAGAUGUCGGGGACGGUGGAGCUGCUGGAGGAGGGGAAGAAGCGUCUGCAGCGCGACCUGGAGGCAGCCAAUGGCGAUUACGAGGAGAAGGCCUCGGCCUACGACAAGCUGGAGAAGAGCCGGAUCCGGCUGCAGCAGGAGCUGGAGGACGUCCUCAUGGAUCUGGACAGCCAGCGGCAGCUCGUCUCCAAUCUGGAGAAGAAGCAGAAGAAGUUUGAUCAGAUGCUGGCAGAGGAGCGCGCUGUGUCCUGUAAGUUUGCAGAAGAGCGUGAUCGAGCGGAGGCUGAGGCGAGGGAGAAGGAGACGAAGGUGUUAGCUCUGGCCAGAGCGCUGGAUGAGAACCAGGACGCUCUAGAGGAAGCGGAGAAGACCAUGAAGUCCCUCCGAGCUGAGAUGGAGGACCUCAUCAGCUCCAAGGACGACGUGGGAAAGAGCGUCCACGAUCUGGACAAGGCCAAGCGCGGUCUGGAGGCCAUCGUGGAGGAGAUGAGGACACAGAUGGAGGAGCUAGAGGACGAGCUGCAGGUCGCUGAGGACGCUAAGCUGCGUCUGGAGGUCAACACUCAGGCCCUAAGAGCUCAGCACGAGAGGGAGCUGCACGCUCGCGAUGAGAUGGGCGAGGAGAAGAGGAAGCAGCUCCUCAAACAGGUGCGUGAGCUGGAGGCGGAGCUCGAGGAGGAGAAGAAGCAGCGAGGUCAAGCAUCAGGCAGCAAGAAGAAGCUGGAGGGGGAGCUGAAGGACAUGGAGGACCAGCUGGAGGCCACCAGUAGGGGGCGCGACGAAGCAGUCAAGCAGCUCCGCAAGAUCCAGGGCCAGGUGAAGGAGCUCCAGAGGGAUCUGGAGGACUCGCGUGCAGCCCAGAAGGAGGUCCUCGCCUCAGCCCGGGAGUCCGAGCGCAGAUCCAAAGCCAUGGAGGCCGACAUCGUCCAGCUGCACGAGAUGUUGGCAGCAGCCGAGAGAGCUCGUAAGCAGGCAGAGACAGAAAGAGACGAGCUCUCUGAAGAACUGACCAGUAACUCCUCCGGAAAAUCUCUGCUGUCUGAUGAAAAGCGCCGUCUGGACGCGAAGAUCAGCCAGCUGGAGGAGGAGCUGGAGGAGGAACAGGCCAACGUGGAGAGCCUCAACGACCGGCUGAGGAAGAGCCAGCAGCUGGUGGAUCAGCUGGGUGCGGAGCUAGCUGCAGAGAGAUCUUCCUCUCAGACCCGGGAGGGAUCACGGCAGCAGCUGGAGAGACAGAACCGAGAGCUGAAGGCCAAACUGCAGGAGAUCGAGGGCCAGGGACGCUCCAAACUCAAAUCCUCCAUCACCGCCCUCGAGGUCAAACUGAGAGAGGUGGAGGAGCAGCUGGAGAUUGAGAGCAGAGAGCGUCAGGCCAACGCCAAGAACCUGCGUCAGAAAGAGAAGAAGCUGAAGGAUUUAAGCAUCCAGAUGGAGGAUGAGAGGAAGCAGGCGCAGCAGUACAAAGACCAGGCGGAGAAGGGCAACGUGCGGGUGAAGCAGCUGAAGCAUCAGCUGGAGGAGGCGGAGGAGGAGUCUCAGCGUGUGGCGGCGGCUCGCAGGAAGCUGCAGAGGGAGCUGGAGGAGGCGAGCGAGGCCAACGACACUCUCAACAGAGAGGUGUCUUCACUCAGGAGCAAACUGAGGCGUGGCGGCAGCAGCAGCGGGGAGGUGUCGUUCGGCAGCCCCAGCCCUCGGAGCAGCGGCGGCGGCAGCAUGAGGAGCUUGGGGCUGGGAGGGAGCAUCAGCCGGAGGAGCACCAUCAAAGAGAACUCAGUGGAGCUGCAGGAGGAAGAGCCUCGCUCCCCGUCUCCUCCCGCCUGCACCCCCCCUCCCGAGUCCAACUCCCCCUACGAGUAAAGUGGGAAGAUGAAAGAUUUUUACUCUUUUAAUUUAAAUUUUAAAGUUUAUUUUAACGUCUCUGUUUUUUUAGUUUGAAUUUGAAUAGUUUUAGUGUCUGUUGUAUGGAAAUAUUGGCUGCUUCAAUACAGUUUUCCUUAAAGGUUUAAUAUAUAUAUAUAUGACAUUCACUGCUACUAGAUUUCACUCUAUAGCACCAGAAUCUCAAACUGGCCCACCAGACUCCAUUGACAAAACCAGUAAUUUUAACUAGAAGAUAAUUGACUUGACUUCAAACUGGAGCGAAACAGAAUCAAACUGAUUAAAAGCGUCUCUGUUAGUGUUUCCAACAAUCACCAACUCUGGUUUGGUGGAAAUAAAUCCUUAAUUCACUGACGUAGAUGAUAAAAACAGCAGUUUCAGUCAGAGCAGACCGGCUAUGGAAACAAACCACAGAGAGGCUGCGAUACAACACAGGCAGAGGGAGAGAGACACCAUGUGACUCUGUAUAUAGAGAAUAUAAUGUUAGCUGAUAUAUUAAUGUUAUAAAUCUGAUAUUUAACCUUUAAGAAAAAAACAUCACAACAAACUUUUCUGUACUCUAUAAUUUCCUCUUUCUAGCUCUGUUAAGUAAAGUACUGCUCACCUUUGCUUUUAUCUCCCCUUCUCAGAAAUAUCGACGUACAUUAAUUUAAAAAAAUAUAUAAAACAAAUCACAGUUCAGGAGGCCGAGCUCAAAAAUCACCUGGACAGAAGAAUGAAAUAUAUUUAUUUAACCUCAAAAUCACAUGCAACAAAAUGUAAACUCACUGAUUCCAAAUUGUUUCAGCUUCAUUUUGGGGGAAAUAAACCUAAUUAUUUAAGAACUCCUACAAAAUAAAAGCAUCAUCCAGAAUCUGAUUCCCAGCUUAGAUUUUUAAAGUUUUUUUUGUGAAGUGAAGCCAAGAAAAAUAAGUGAUGUUUGUGGAUUAAUACAACAUAUCAUUUAUGUGGAUUUACUAUAUUCAGAUUUAUUUAUUUUCCAAGUAGUUUAAUGAAUUCCCAUAUAUAUAAAGAAAGUUUAACUCCUCUCAGUUUGUGCCGUUGGAGUCACAGAGCGAAAGUUUAUUUAAAGCCACCUAAAGCUGCUCUGAAGAUAUUUCCCACAAUCCUCAAACUGCGUCUGUUGCACAAUAAAACAGAUUGUUAACGUUUCUCAAGUAGCGACUUUUAAUCCAGCCAGAGUUUAUAUCUGUCCUUUUUGUAAAAAACACAGAACAGUCUGCAUGGAGCGCUGAUCAGCCUGAUCAGUAAUCAAUACUCACAUUAUUAAAGCAUUAAUCAACCUGAUCAGCCUUUAGCAGUUAGCUAGUCUUUCUGUAGUGGAGACUAAACGUUAACAAUGAUCCAUAUUAGCAGUUUGAAUCCAACUAAAAGCUCCCUGCACCAAACUCCCUUUAAGAAAUAUCACAUUUUAACAAUUCCUAACGUGUUCGUAACAACACGUAACUCUAGAAACACGAGCUAAAGGCCGUCAUAUGUCCACAGUCUGUGAAUACAGGAUCAAUAUCAUCCAUAAAGAUACAGUGUAUAUAAUCCAUAAAGAUACAGUGUAUACUGAUCAAUAUCAUCCGUAUGAUAUUUUUAAAAUUAGGACUUACAAAGUGAAAUCAAUAAAAAAAAAAAAACCACUAAAAUAAAUAUGGUAAAAACAAGAAAAACGUUUUAUUUUAUGUUAGGACUGUAGACCUCCGCCCCGUGCUGGUUAUUCGCUGUAACUGUCUGCUGUUCAGCCUUUUUAUUGAUUGUUUCUGUUCUUUACAGAGAAGUUUUCCAACCAUGACACCAAAAAAAUGCUAAAACUAAUUCAAUAAAAGUACUUUAGAGCAAACAAAUGAGAGCUGAAAGAGGGUGAAAAAGGAACCUUUGUAUCAGAAAAAAUGAGUCACAACUUGAGAAACGGGUUAAAAAUCUUAAAGAAAACAGUUAAAAGAGACUUUUAAGGAUUCUGGAAAUAUAACAAAUAUCCAGUAAAACAGCAGGAAGCUUCGGGGCACAAACUGAGGCAGGUUCUUCUCUUUAUGCACCUCCUCAGAGGGUUUAUUUUAUUUAGAAUAUUGUAUUUGGAAACUGAAUGGAAAACUAGAUUUGUAACCCGACUGUUGUAUAUUCAGUUUUGAGAUGGUGUGAUUGAAACCUCACAGAUACACAAUAUUUAACUCUAAUAAACGAGUACAACGGCUGCUGUGAUGCAGGACUUUCUGCUUUGUGAACCAGUGAAGUGCUAUUAAACUAAAUCCUUACA